CAUCACUGGCGAUAACUUGGUGCCUGCCUAUCGCACUUUUGACUGCACUAAAAGGCUUAAACAUUCUGACUGUUAACAAUAGCGGAAACCCGUUUCAUACCGGACAAAACUAAAACUGACCACGUCUGCACAUUCCAACAUGAGCAAAGUAACCUUCAAAAUCACGCUUACUUCGGACCCCAAGCUGCCCUUUAAGGUGCUCAGUGUUCCGGAGGGAACUCCCUUUACAGCCGUCCUGAAGUUCGCCUCGGAGGAGUUCAAGGUGCCGGCAGAGACGAGUGCCAUCAUCACGGACGAUGGCAUCGGCAUCAGUCCACAGCAGACCGCUGGAAAUGUGUUCCUAAAGCACGGCUCCGAACUGCGCCUUAUUCCCAGAGAUCGGGUGGGCCACCAACUAAGCUAGUUUCCUAGUCCCUCUGUAUUUUCCCCACUGAGAUUUCCCCCCUUUUUCAAUGCUUAUUAAAAUGUUAAACGAUGUAAUCCGUAA